GUUUUCACAAAGCGAGUAGAUAUUUGAGGCUAACUUUAAACAACCUAAAAUUUAUUAUACAUGUUCUAUUUCAAAUUAUUAUAACGUGCUAAUGGUUUCUUUUAUAUAUAGAAAUAAUUACUUUACCUCUAUAUUUCCUGCAAUGAAGAAAACAAGUAAUUGACCUAUUAUUAAAUUAAAAUGCUUUUGAAUGUUUGGAAGUUUCUGGACAACACUGAGCUUUCUAACCUGUACAAGAGCUCUUUACUGGAACAACUUUUUUGAAGUUAUAUGGUAGUUAAUAAGACUCUGAGAUCCUCCAGUUUGAAGAUCUUUCUUCUUACAAAGCAUAUUUCUUACGACGACCAAGCUGGCUGCGAGAAGGAGGCAAAGGAUGUCCGGCACCGACGAAUUAAAAAAUAUGCUAUUAACAUUUCGGGUCUCAGAACUACAAAUGCUGCUCGGAUAUGCUGGCCAAAAUAAAACGGGGCGAAAAACAGAGCUUCAGGCUAGAGCUCUAGACUUACUUAAGAAUAAAUCCAUACCUCAUCUUACCCAAGUACAUACCAAAAUACGAGAACUCUAUAAAUCUAUUCAGACAGGCGGAAAUGUGGUUCUCAACACAGGAGCUCCUGUUGUGAACAGUGCCACAAUUGAUUUACCUCAAGCUCCGACACCACCUACUAAUCUCAUUACAAAUCCCCCUCUUAGAGCUCCUCUAAUGCCCGGCUUCUUACCCAUAACGGACCAAAUAAGGGCCCGUAAUAAUCAAUUUUUGAGUAUGUAUGGGUAUCAACCCAAGCUGAUGACGAUGAAUAAUACUCCAUCAAGUCAUCCAAUCCUUCCGAUGAAUCCUGAUGUCAGGUUUAAGAGGCUUCCGUUUUAUGAUUUACUUGGAGAACUUCUUAAGCCUUCAACUCUAACAGCAGUUCAACCGGCAGCUGGUAGGGACAUUGGAGCAAACUUUGUGUUUUUUCUUACUCCAAAACAAGCAUCUGAAAUUUCAAUGAAUAGAGAAGUGGGGCCUGGAACAAGGAACGAAUAUGUUGUUCAAGUACAGAUGAGAUUUUGUUUGCUUGAAACUGCGGUUGAACAGGAAGAUGCUUUUCCUCCAGGCAUUACAGUGAAAGUUAAUGGCAAACUGGCACCAUUACCUAGUCCGCUUCCUACAAACAAGCAAGGCAAUGUUGAGUCAAGAAGGCCAUCCAGACCAGUUAAUAUAUCCCAUCUGGUAAAACUUUGUCCUUCAGUACCCAACAGUUUAUCUAUUUCAUGGAAUCCAGAUUUCCAGCGAGGUUAUGUAGUAUCAGUGAAUCUUGUUAAAAAGUUGAAUGCACAGGAACUUUUGCAAAGACUGAAAAAUAAAGGAGCUAGACAUGCCGAUUAUACAACUGGUUUAAUUAAAGAUAAGCUGUCGGAUAGUGAUAAUGACAUUGCUACUACCGUAUUGAGAGUGUCCUUGAUCUGCCCUCUCGGAAAAAUGAGAAUGAUUACACCUUGUCGGUCAUCAACUUGUACUCAUCUUCAAUGUUUUGAUGCCUCCAUAUUUCUAAGUAUGAAUGAAAAGAGACCUACAUGGACUUGCCCUGUGUGUAAUAAACCUGCUCUGUAUGAUAACUUAGUUAUUGAUGGAUAUUUUCAAGAUGUUCUGAAUAGUUCAGAACUUGGACCAGAUUGUGCAGAGAUUCAACUUAACAAAGAUGGAUCUUGGUGCAGCCAUGAUUCGAGUAAAGAUUCUCCACAGGCUUGCCCACUCACACCUACUAAAGGAAGUACUCUUAAUGUAGAUAGUCCAUCUAAAUCUGAGCAGAUUGAGGAAAUAAUCGACGAUAAUGAUACAUCCAGCAGUUUAUCGACUACAACCAGAAGCCCUCCUUCUAUAAUAAACCUUGAUAGCCCUUCCCCUUCUCCUCCCCUACCCCACAAUCUUCCUUCAGCAGGAUUUGCAAACCCCCCCUCAAAUUACAUGUGCCACAUGCGACUAGCACCAGAUUCAAGGUACCACCCAUAUUGAGAAAAAUCAGAAACUGAUAAUUAGGUGUUACUUUUCUCUCAAUAAAGGUUUGCUAUCUACUGGAAAUAGACCAAUUAAAUCUUGUGGAAGCUUAUUAUGGUACUUCCAUUGAAGUCAUUUGUGAACAUUUAUAUUUUUUAAACUAUAAAUAUAGCCUCAAUUUUUAAAUGGAUUCAAAGGACCAUUAUUUUCAUCCAUGCUCUCUUACUACCAUUUCUUGUUUUGAGAGCAUUUUAUGUAUGUAUUGUACAUUUGUUGUUUAUUUGUUCCUAUUCUUAUCAUUUUUUGAUGGAGCGAAACCGUAUAAUUUUAUAAGAUAUUUAAUAAAUGUAUAUAAUAAUUUAGAAAUACUGAUAGCAUUAAAUGUAUAUAAGUUUUUUUUUUUGUAAAUAAAUGUUGAAAAGACUUGUUGAAGUCUGGAUCGUUUUGUACCUUUCGACUGUUUGGUGUUAUUUUUUUAUUUAUUGCAAGAGGUUUUUUCCUAUUUAAUUUUAUUUUUAAGAUUUGAUCUGAAAGUUGGAGAUCACUCAGAUGGUAUUACAGUAACUUUUACAAUUAUUCAAUGUUAUUCCAUAUCUGUGUUAUAAUUUUUAAGCUUUUUGCUAUCCUGUCAACUAAUUUAUAUCCUUAUAUGUAACUGAAAUAUACCUGAUAGAAUUUAAAUGUACAAUUUUGUAAUAUUAUUUAAAUAGAAUUUAAUAAACUCUGAUGUCAUGUUUCUUUU